AUGCCUGCAGACUACAAUGGACGUUGGGAGCUGGUGAGCAACGACAACUUCGAGGAGGUCAUGAAGGCCUCGUCUAUAUAUGCAGAUAUUGACUUUGCCACCAGAAAGAUAGCGUCCCACCUGCACCAGACAAAGGUCAUAGUCCAGAACGGAGAUAAGUUUGAAACAAAGACCCUGAGCACCUUCAGAAACUACGAGGUCAACUUCACCAUAGGCGAGGAGUUCGAGGAGCAGACGAAGGGCCUGGACAACCGAAAAGUCAAGACGCUGGUGGUCUGGGAUGGAGACAAGCUGGUGUGUGUGCAGAAGGGCGAGAAGGACAAUCGUGGCUGGAAACACUGGAUCGAGGGAGACAUGCUCCACCUGGAGAUCACAGUCCUCGACAAAGUCUGCCAUCAAGUUUUUAAGAAGGCCAGUGAGAUCAGGAGGACCGUCAUCUGCACAAAACUGUCCCUUGUGUAACCUGCUAUUUAUAUU